UGAGCACAAGCGUAACAUGGUGAGGGAAAAAAACAAACGCGCUUUCAAGUUUAAAACCAGCGUACCAACGGCGCGUCUACAUUAAACCGCACCCGUUCCACGUCGCGUUCACUCGAUUAUUUUAUAAUCUUGUGUGAUAAAGCUCAAGAUGAUGUGGAUGUGCGUAGGAUUGCUUAUGAUCGGCAGUGCAGCUGCUCAGGUACCUUUUUUGGGAGGAUGUCCGAAAGUGGAAGUGUUGGCUAAUUUUGAUCCACAAAAGUACCUGGGAAAGUGGUACGAAGCAGAGCGCUACUUUGCUUUCUUCGAGUUCGGUGGCAAAUGCGUCACCGCAACCUACAACGUCAAUGCCAACGGCACUAUCAGCGUCGCCAACAGGCAAAUCUCAAUUUUAAGUGGAGUGGCAACGAGCAUCGAGGGUUACGCUGCACAGAAGACACAGGAAAAGGCUAAAUUGUCCGUUGCUUUUCCAUCUUUGCCGGUACAGUUUGACGCUCCUUACUGGAUUCUUGACACUGAUUACACUACUUACUCCGUUGUGUGGAGCUGCUCUGACUUUGGCAUCUUCAGCACACGGAAUGCCUGGAUCCUGACCCGAGAGCAGCACCCACCUGUUGCUACUCUGGAGAAAGCUUAUCAAGCUUUAGAUAAGAAUAAGAUCACUCGAGCUUUCUUCAUUAGGACAGACCAAAAAAAUUGCCCGGAAGAUGUGGAGACUAAUCAAGUGUCUUAAGCUGUUUGUUUAAAAAUCAUAAGUGUGAUAAUCAUCCAAGCCGAAUUAUUUCUUUCUUUCUUUUUUCUGACAAUCUUCAUGGAGUAAUCGAAUGAAUGACGUUUAAUUAAUUGAACGUUAUUCGUUCAAUUGUCGCGUCUAAGCUCAUUAAAAUCACAAUUACCAUUGAAACAUAUUCAUUAGUUAAGAUAAAUUCGACUUGGAAAGCUAUUAUCCCGUAUAAAUGUUGAGUUAAGUAAAGUUCCAUAUAAUGUUUGGACUGUAAAUAAGAUAAUGAAAAUUUACAUUUUAAUGACAAUAUAGGUAAUAUAUUUAUUCCUAACUGACGAUAAAAAAGAAAGCUACUAUUACAAACUUAUGGUCAGUUAAUAUGUGAUGGUUUAAUUUUAUAAUUUUUCAUUUACAAAUUGUAAAAUGUAACUACUUAUUUAUUGCAUAACAUGUUUUAUUGUAAAAAUUAAUGAUUUUUUAUUUGCUGUACGAUUAGGGAUGCUCUAUUUAAUUAGUAAUUUAUUAUUGCUUUAAUAAAUAAACAAAUGUGAUGA